UCGACUGGCUGCACUGAGCGCGCGACUCGACAACGAAGUUCCUCUCCCGCGCACCGGUACCACGGCGACGGAUGGCUACGCUUUAUCAGUCACUUUAUCAGUCCGUCGUGAUCUCGUCGCGUUCGCCUGUCGACCGUUUCAGUUCGAAACGUUCAGCUGUCCCGUGUUGUUUUUUGUUAUCGUUGCCGUGAUCUCGGGGUGGCUCUACGGUAUUGUUUCCGCGGCACGGCUUCGGAGUUCGAAUUAUCCGCGCAAAAUAGGUAUCAUCGAUCCGGUGGACAUGACGACGUCGUUGUUGAACGUCCGCCGCGUUGCUAUGUGAAUCGCCGCGUACCGCACGACCACGCAGUUUUAUUUUGCCCGUGGCAAUAUUAUCGUAACGCUACGAACGAAUCGCACACCAAAUCGUUCGGUCGUUGUGGUUUUCCCGUGGUUUCGGUUCGCGAACGCGUCGAAUAUCUGCGUCGUGUCGCGCUCACUACGGCGUGCCCACGUACCUGGCCGUCCUUCGCGAGAUCCACUUACCAAAAAUGGACCACACGGCCGACUUUGACGAAGGACUCCCGAAAGAAAAUGAAUUUAUUGAAUUGUUACCAUGUAUAAUAUGUAAGCGCUCAUUCCGCCCAACCUUAUUACAACGUCACUCAGCUAUAUGUGAAAAAAACGCAAAAAAGCGCAAAGUACCAUUUGAUUCAUCUAAACAACGUAGACAAGGCACUGAUAUGGCUGCAUACUUGCCAAGUAUUAAAAAUACGCCUGAUGUAAAUACUGCUAUACAUAAGACUAAGAAUAACUGGAAAGCUAAACACGAAGAACUUGUUAGAGCUGUGAAAGCUGCAAGAGGUGAAAAAGUUGAUAAACUUAUUCCAACCAAGCCUGUUGAUACUGAAGCAUGUCCACAUUGUUCUCGUAAUUUCGGACCAAAAUCAUAUGAUAGGCAUGUUGAGUUUUGUAAAGAAAAAGCUCAAAGGAUAUCUACUGCACCAGUGAUAAGCCAAAUAGCUAAAGAACGACUUGAAGCUAGAACUAAAUACCGUGCACCUCCACUCAAAUCACAGCGUACUGUUACUAAAGAAAAAUAUUCUCCGAAAACUAAAUGUUCUUCACAAGAUGUUUCAAGUGUUCCAAUAAAAGUAAUACAACCAUUGAAAGUUGUUAAAAAAAUAUCCCCUCCUACAAAUAGUAAUGUUUCUAUUAUUCCUCGCCAAUCUUCAUUAUUGAAAAAGAAAGACCCAGUAUCAAAAUAUUCUUUUGGGAAUAAAAAUACAAUUUAUCAACCCAAAACAACAUCUGGUAUAAAAAAAGAAACAAUUAUGAAGAAAUCUGAAUCAGCCCAUAUCAUCAGUUCUCAAAAUCGAGUAAAAGAAGAAACUAUUAAUACUAUCAAUCGUUUUGAUAAAAAAAAUUUAUCAAAGUCCCAACCACAUUUAGAUGCAUAUGACCCAUUCAAAUCAGCUGAAAAACAAAUGAAAGAACUUGAACUAGAAAUAAUUGACAUUGGUCUUAAAAACCCAUUGAAUUUCUCACAAACAGAAAAUACGGAAAACGUACAAAUUUCUCCAACAUCUGCUUUUGUCAAGUAUUCACCAAACUCUCCUGUAGUUGUGUCUCCGGAUAAUGUUGAUCACCCAAUUUCUAAUGAAUUUAAUUUAGAUUCUAAUCUCAAUAGCCAUCCACUACAUAAUUUAAGCAAUUUAAGCUUAUGUUCCAUAGUCAGUAUUGAAUCGGCUGACUUCAAUAAUAAAACUCACAGUGCUGUAGUGCAAGGUACAGAACUUUCAAUUAGUCCAACUAAAAGAACUAUUUCUCAUAACCCUAGGAAACAUAUAGCUAUUGAAAACAUGCUAUACGGUGAUUCUGAGAAAAAUAAAUCAAACAUCAAAUUUCACUUGGCUGAACAAGAACUUUUGAAAUCAGUAUCGGAAUUUGAAAACUUGUUGAAACUAACUGAUGAUGAUGAUAUUGUAUCACCAUCAUUGAAUAGAACAUCUGCAUUAAGUAUGAUCAAUGGGGUUAAUUCCAAUAGCAGUUCUGAUUCAGCUUACGGAAGCUUGAACAGAAAAUCGGAACAAAUGUCAACUGAAAGUUAUUCAACACUUAUGAAAAAUGCUAAAUUUUGUCAUGAGUGUGGAUUUAAAUAUCCAAUUGUUGAUGUUAAAUUUUGUACUGAGUGUGGCAUGAGGCGCAUAGUAUCAUGACUGACCUAAUUAAAUUAAAUAACCUGAUUAAUUAAAUUAUAUUUGUAUUGUAUGAAGGGUUAUAAGAAAAUUUAAUUUACAAAAUAAAUUAAAAGUAAUUGAGAACAAAGUAAGUUCAACUUCCCAAAAAUUAGGAUAUAUUUUCAUAUUUUUAUACAUUUAAUUUUUAAGAUUGACAAUCUAAAAUUAUUGUAGAAA